AGAAGACGUUGGUGUCAACAUGUUUGCAUGCAGGCACCAUGACGCCGGGCGGAGGGACAAACUUAACCCGCGGCUUUGUUUCACACGGUUCUAGGACAACUCUUGUCAAUUUUUACCGUGUUUAAAAUAAUUCUAUUCUUUGUACUAAUUUUUUAGGCUACUAGAGAAAACGUAUCGACGUUACUUAAGCAGUCUGAGUUUGUGGCCUUAACAACUGACAUCUGGACCUCAGCUGCACAUGAUGCCUACAUGUCUCUCACGGCACUAUUUCUGGAUGAAUUUUGGUCAUUAGUUGAGGUUACUCUCUGCUGCAAAAUGAUGACCGAGGACCACUCAGGCCAGUACAUCAAACAAGUAUUUAAUGAAAUGAUGGAAGAGUGGGGAAUCCCACCGCACAAAGUUUCAGCAGUAACGUCGGACAAUGGUGAAAAUAUUCGUCUUGCGCUAGAAUUGCUGGAUAAUCCCCCAAAUCACAUGCGGUGCUUUGGCCACACUAUUAAUAAUGGGGUUUCUGGUGUCAUAUCUACAUGCCAAGGACUUCAGGAAAGUCUUGCCAAAGCUCACUCUGCGCGAUCCUGGCUGUCCUCUGAUAAAGUUUGGAGGGCAUAUGUGAAGUAUGUUCUAGAGAUGCAUAACAAGACACCUAAAAUGCUACCAUCUCCAUGCAAGACCCGUUGGUGGGUCGACUUGCACAUAGCCGAAGCAGUUGUUGGGCAGUACAGGUGGAUGUGGGGUUUUGUCACAUCAUACAGAUUGGGAAAAUUCUUAGGUGAAAUUCCAAGCAGAGAAAAUAUCUCAGUCUUGAAAGCAUACGUGAAGGCCCUCAAACCUGUUGAAAAGAUAUCGUCAUUACUCUGUGCGGAAAGAUAUGUAACAUGCAGUAUGGUGCUGCCAAUGACCUAUAUCUUGGAUCCUGAGAGUUCAUUUUAUGGUGGGGAGGACUUGGCUCUCAAUGCGUUCACCACCCUACAAUGGGUAACAGAGGAAAAUGAAGAAGAAAUGGACCAAGGUCAAGAGGGGGAAGAUGAUGAUGAUAUACCCCUUUCUGAUUACGCCGCCCUGCAACCAAAGGCCAUACAUAGGGCCAUAUCUGAAAAGCUCAAGAAGCGGUACAACCCGCCCCUUCCACCUGAUGAUGACACUCGGGCAGCCAUUGAGUUUGAACGCGCAGCUGCGUGCAAUACGGUUCUUUGCCGAGUCUCAUUUCUUGACCCCCGCUUUCGGUCCCAAAUAUUGGAGGCCGAUUGUACAUUGGCCAAAACUGGUCUCAUGGAAGAAACUGUGGACUCAGCUGCUCCUCCAAACCGUGCAGAGAACCGUGGAACCACACAACAGAACCAAAAUACAGCUGUGUUAUCAGCGGCUUCUGCCGUUAUGAGCCUAUUUAAGAGAAGACGCCAAGAGCAUCAGGGGCAGCAGGAGGCCGCCAUCGAAUCUGACCCAAAAGACGCAGCCAAAAAAGCCUUUGCUAAGGAGUUGUUACUCUACGAGGGGCUCCCUGAUGCUGAACUUACUGAGGAUCCCUUUAAAUGGUGGCAGGGUCAUAGUGGGUCACUUCCGCUACUUUCGCGGCUAGCACGAAAGUACCUGAUUAUUCCAGCUUCAAGUGUACCUUCGGAGCGAUUGUUUAGCACCGGGGGAAACGUCAUAAUCGACACCAGAACGUCUCUCACUGGACUGAACGCUGAGAUGCUAAUUUUCAUCUCACAAAAUCAGGCUCAUUGCCCCCUUCCAGUAUAAAUGCUGUUAAUUUGACAUCAGAUUUGAAUUAAAUACUCUAAUCCACUACUCUUUUGUUAUUUUAUCUCCUCUCGAUUUGAGUCAGUCCUGUUUCUUACGGUGUUCGACGUCAUAUUUGAACUUAUUAUA